AUGGAGAAUCCGCAAUCAUCGGAGCUGAAGUCGGCCCAGAAAAUUGAUCCCGAGAAACCAAAGGAUGUACUAUCACCACCAGCAGCAGCAGCAGCAGCAGCAGCACAACCAAAACAGCUACAAACAGCACAACCACAAGCGCGAACAACGAUGACGACUACCACCGCCAACUCGUCCCCAAUAAGCAAACCUCCUCCGCAGAUGCAGACUUUGAAUCUACCGGCUACACCUGUGAAUGCAACUCCGCCGGGUAUGCCCCAGCAGCAACCUUUUACGCCUACUCCGCAAGCAAAUCGACAACCGGCCAUGAUUGCAAAGCAUUUGACAAACGCAACGCCGGCAAAUAGAUACAUGAAGGCAGCACCAACACCAGUAGCACAAGCAACACCAACACAACCACCAGCAAAAGUCUACAGCGCAAAGCCCACGGGACAGCCAUCCAACAUCAAGCAGCCUAUGCGACCUCAUCCCAUAGCUCCGAAAUAUAUGAAGAUUCAACCAGCAAUUGCACCAAAACCAGCUGGAGGCGCAGCGCCACAAACAAGCAGAUUUAACCCAAUACCCGAUGGCAAAUUGUCGAUCCUGAUAAAGCUGGCUUCUCACGGGGGAGCAGAUACUAAAUCUCUAAACACCUCCAAGAAAUGGGUAUUGCCUCCACGUCCACGACCGGGUAGAAAGCCCACCGCGGGAGAAUGCGACAAGAUUAGCAAAACGCAGCCGAAUCCAGUGAAACGGAAACCAAAGGUUGAACCAACUACUGGAGCAAUCGCUACAAACACAUUGAAGAACGAGCAGCCCCCCAAGAAAGUAGCCUCAGCACCUCAACUCCCUUCUCCUUCCGUGGCCAUGGCCAUGGCCAAGCAACAACCAAUGGGUGUCACUGACACGAAAAUAUCUGCUCCUGCACAAAACGCAGACAUAUCUCCAAAAAGGAUACCUUUACUUCCAGACCUGCUGCCUGUUUCGCAAAGUUCAUUACCUGCUGCUGCUAGUGCUAGUGCUAGUGCUAGUGCUAGUGAGCCCAAGAAAUUGGUUGUCGUUCCCACCAUGCAUCAAACAACGUCAGCAUCAGUUCCAGUGGCUACUACCAGUUUGCCACCACCACCUUCCUCCAACACCAUCAACACCCACAACACCGCCAACAUCCCCAAUCUCUCCAAUCUUUCCAAACCCUUUAACCCCUCCAAUGCCACCAUAACCGUCCCUAAACCGCAAACUCCUCAAACUUUGAAAAAAUUGCCCACACCACCUCCUCCCGCGAAACCAGUUGACCCUGCAGCUCACAUGACGGAGUUGAAGAUAUCCUACUUGUCCAAGUUAAAAGAGCAAGAGUUGAUGCGGAAUUACAUUGAAGUUUUGACGAACCAAAUCAAGGAAUUGAGCUUUGUCCAGAAUGGAGUCAUUACGUUUGACGCAUUAAAGAACAAUGCCAAGUACAACCAGAACGGAAUGACAAAUAAGCGGCUCACAACAACAAUGACCAAUUCCAAGAUUGACCAGUUGGAUUCAAUAAACAAUUUGAACGAUUUGAACAAGUUUUUAGGCUACUUGAGCAAGUCAUCUGAUAUAAUCAGAAAUGCACAGAAACAGACAACAGCUGGAACAACCACGGGAGCAACGGUUAACCCACCUGAGACGAUCAAUCACCAAAUUGAGCAUUACGUGAAAUUGAGAAAUCGAUUCACUGAAAUGAACAACAAGAGGAUUAAAACUCCCGGCCUGCGCAAAUUAGCUGGCAAAACAUGCAAUAAGGAAAACGACGAGUCGUCAUCUUCAUCAUUUCAACAUUCAGCGUCACCUUCAAGCGUUAAAUCGCCCACGACGUCAUUUACUCCUGAUCUUCUCCAUCCUUUAAAGGCUUCGAAUUUGUUCAACGAUCCAACUAUAGACUACGACAUGGAGUUGCAAACUGCAACCAUUGCCGAGUCACCCACGUCCUUGAGAAACUCAACUAGUUCAAAGAGCACUGAUCGCAAUAUAGGAAUAAUUCCCGAAAGCUCGCCUAAUAUGGGUAUGGAUUUUUUCGUUGACGAGCAUGAUUUUUUGAACCGCUUGGUUUUGAAUGACGAUUACGAUGUGGCCGAUAUGAGAAAGGAAGAGUUGGAGUUGGGAAGCGUUGAAAUACACGGUGCCAACAGCAUGGGCGUGCAAGAAGGCGCUUUGAAUGACGGCACGGGCGUGGUGCCAGAGUCCCAAGUUGAUAUAAGACAGAUGAAUGGCGGCAACUCCGAUUCGCUCAUCCGAAAGAAGUUUAAAUUCAACUGCGGUUUUUGUACGAAGGAUACUCCUUGCUUGUGCUUUGAUUCCGAUUGGGAGCUCCAUGGGUUCAAGUGA